CUUUAGUAUACGCAUUGUUUGAUUGAUUGAGUCUGACCCGUAACUUCACUCGCGUUUUUUCCUUUCUAGACGCAAAUUCGUUUAGCCGCCAAGGAAAUUUCUUUGGACGUCGAAAGAAGAUAUCUGCAAAACCUAAAUUUAAAUCUGUUAAGAACGUCUGGGACGAGUGCAAAACGUUUUGCUUCGUCGAUAUUUGAGGUAGGUUCAAGUCAAAGAGUGCGAGGCGCGGAUAUUGCUUAUUUAAACACUGUAGUAAAUGCUGAAUUAUUCAAGUAGAACUAGAAAGGAUUGCUUGAGGAACACUUUGAAAGGAUUUUAAUUCCAAAUAGCCGAAAUUUUCAGUAAAUAAGACUGAGGAGAGGCUGGAAUGGCGUUGAUGUAGAGAAACUAAAGAACUGAAAUAGUAAUAUGAUAUGAUAGCAUACCACAGGCAUAAUGGAUAGUCGUCUACAUAUAUUCAGUGAGACCCUGGGUCGACUGAUAUUAAUUGACUUACGGUAAUAUCCACACGCAUAUGACAUCCAUACGUCCAUGUUCGUCUGCGUAUUCAAAGUUUUCUGUUAACAAGUAAGCGACGAAAAGCGCUAUUCCACUCUGGCGCGCGUUUUUGUUAAUUUGCGUACACCUUUUCUUUCCCCUCAUUUGCGACUGGAAUGGAGCCCAAAAUACUGAGAAUGAAAACCCUGUGCACAUGUUCUUAGAGAUAAUAGCGCGGCGUGCAAACUUUUUUCUUUUAAUCUUUCUUAAAAUUCUGGAUGAUCGUAUGUUGUCAUUUUUUUGCGGUUUGCAACUGGAAACUCAUCAUCUGUUAGUGAAACUAUCUCCAUUAUUUUCAUGUGGCUGACAUGCUGUGUGUUUAUACCCUUGGACAACAAGCUUGCGGAUUUGUUUAACUGUUUAGCUGAAAUCCUUAAGCCUGAUAAACUAAACAUUUAGUAAAAAAUUUUCAGAUUUGCGUUUUUGAAUAGAAUUAUUCAUCCUUACUGUCAUGCACCGCUGUCUAAGCAUAAAGACACUUGUUGUGCUUUUCAAUCUAUAGAUCAUAACUAUAAUACUAAACAUACUUUAUCAGCCUUUCUUGCUGUCGGUAGCUGAGGCCAUCUUAUCAGCCACCAAAUCUAACAUAACCGCGAAAUGGCGAAAUGGCCUAAAAAGAUGGAUCAUUUAAAAGCUGGCAUCGUGCUACGUGACGAUCAAUCAAGUUCUGCGUUUGGCGCUGGCUCAAGACAUUUUUGUUUGAGUUGUGAGCCAAGUUUCUGAGCAGGGAGAGCUAGGGAUAAUAUUAGUUCAUCUUUAUACCUAGUUUUCAGCAGGGAGGGCCAAACAAGCCUACUUAAAAGUUGUCGUGGCUGUAAAUUAAAACGCAGUGUCUUUGAGGCACACGUGGUAGAAGAUGAUUACAUGCAUGUUUAACAAUACGCGCACUGAUAUUCAACCCACAGGGCGUGUUUUCUAAAUUUAUCCUUUGUACCCUUCAGAACUGCCGGGUGUGCUAUUAUUUUGCACGCCUGUUGAAUAGACGACUUUUUGGCGCCAAUUCAGGUGUUAAAAAAACCGUAAAAAGUGAGGAAGGAAAGUUUACUAGCCAGAUUGAGAGUUAUAAAUGACUUCUUUGUUUUCAGGAAUUGGAUUAAUUAAUAUCCAAAAUGCAGAGUGGAGAUAAGUCCCUCGAAAUGGAACAGGUAUGUCACAUUAUGCAUUCAAACGGGAAGUUGGAGGCAACUACGAUGUUUUUAUGAAAUUCAUUGUUAACUUCCUAUCGAACUCAAGGUGCAAAAGUUAUCAAUUUAAGUAUCAAGGCUGAUUUGUAAUUCUCUCCCCUCCCUCCACCCUCGCCUGCAAACUUAUUUUCCUAUCACUUAGUUAGAGCAUUUUGUGUUACAUCCUGAUAAAUGAUAAAUGUGUCCAUUCCCAUCAUCUACUUGUCUCAGAGUUGCGAGAGAAUUUGUGCGGAGAAAUGAUCUUAUCAGUAAUUUCUGAAAUUAAAAGGUCUGAAUAAUUGCAGGUUCAUGAAGUAUAUUUUUAACGAUUCUUUUUCUGCCCACACCUCGACUGCUCAGCUAUGGAAGGCCUCGCACUUUACUUCUCUGUGUUAAUACCAAGCAUCAAUUUGCGUUCAUUUGUUCAUUUGAUUAUUCAGUCAGUUACAUAUCUGAUCAACCUUUCUCGUUUUGAUUUAAUUUUUUUUUUUUAUUCACCGCUAACGAAAAUUUUUUUAUCUAGGUACCUGCUGCUGUUCAGAUGGAGCGUGUAAGUGUUAUGAAACAUCAGUAAUUUGAUCAAAAAUUUCCGUGAUAUUCUUACAACAAUGAACUUUAGACCAUCACAAAUAUACUUCAUAUCAUAUGACUUCGCGGUGUGGCCUAGAGGGUCCAAUCGUUGUAUAAAAAUGUCAAUAAGUACAAUCUCAUCCGUUUAACGCUGGGUAUAACUCGGUUACGAGGUUAACGGGCCAAUCUAAAAUCAAGAGAAAUUUUUACGAAUUUUAAUUUAAUAUGCAAUCUUGCAGAAUCGCGAAGAAAUUUUAUUUCGUUAAACGUUUUAACUUAAACGUAAAAUUGCACAUUUUUCCCAGCAUGCACCUCUCCGAGAGGAACCGCCGAAAGACUACUUCAAACUGGCUGUGGUGUCCGUAUUCUUUUGUCCAUUGAUUGGUGCCCUGGCGGUUUACAUGUCACAUUUGGUAGGUUGAGUGAUAUUUUUCUCUUGGAUAGGGAUUCAGGCUGUCCCUUGAAUUAAUUCCUUGUAUCUUAAUUGCCCUGUUUUGGAGCUACUUUACAGGAAGAGACAUAUCGAUCUAACAGAAGCAGAUAUCUACUGCAAUGUGUCCUUGGGAACUGAGAAUGACAAUUUGUAAAAUGUCAAGAAAACUUGGUGAAAUCGUGGAGUAAAAUGCUUUGGAUUGGCAUUCCCCCACAAGAGAUGUGAAAGUUUUCUCACGCUACAGAAACCGACGGUAGCGUCGACGAGUCACCCAUUUACGUUCAUAUUUCAUACGUAGAAUUUUAAAGUCUUUGGAUCAAAAUUUUUAUUAAUUAUGAGCAUAUCAAUCUGCAAAUAAUUUUUCUCAGUUAUCUACUGGAAUUAAUUGUUGAUCCAAACAAAAAUUAAUUUUUUAUUUCAGACUAAUUCGCGAUACGAAGAAGACGACAUAAAAAGAGCAAAUGAUGCUUCUAAAGAUGCGCGGUUCUCAGCAUUUUUUGCCAUUUUCCUCGGAGUUGGCAUCAUCUUCUUUUUCAUUUUCAUUGCAGCUAUCGUGCCAGAAUUCGCUUAGAAAUUUUGGUGAAUUUCAUUUGGAUGCUUUUCGAGGUCUUUUCAAAUUGUAAAGUUGAGAAAAAUAUGUAGUUCUUAUUCGAACUUGCACUCAUUUGGGAAAGCAUAGAAAGUACGUAUGUUUAUGUUCAUAAACCUAAUAAUGUAUUCGUUUUACUAAAGUGAUAUGCGAUUAAUCAGAGACAAAUGGACUUCAGUACAAAAUGCAUGAUGAAGUAUGAUUAUAUUAGAUUUCUUCCCAUUAGUUAUCAGCCUCGAAAGACCAUAUAUAUUUUUACUUAUUAAUUAACAUGUGUUAUCAUAUCCGAGGAAGUUAAGGCAAUCUAGUUUUUUUUAGCCAUCAACUUCUCCUCAAGCCCAAGUUUAAUUAUCGUGGAGAAGCACGAAAACUUUGCAUUAAUUGUAUUUGACGGGUUGGCUAUUUUUUGUGCUUUGCGGAAACAGUUUUUCUGCCGCUCUAUAUAACUGUAAUUUUUCCUGGAAAACAUGUCUAACAGAGAAGAAAAUGCAAUAUCUUCAGUUUCAAUUACUGGUUGAGUUAUACCGAAGGAUCUCUCCCAUCUUCAAGAGCCCGGAAAUCGUGUUCAUGGAUAUUUCCAGUAAGACCAAUUACGAAGAUCGUGUUGUGACACACGAUUCGCCUUCUCAGUUCUUCACAUGCAAUUAAAAUUUCUUUAUACUAUUUAUGAAGUAUACGCAAGCUCAUUCCAAUUUACAUUUAUCGUGUAAAUGUCGCUUCUUCCAUCCUGUGGAAUUUAAAGUUGUCCACAUUACGGAUAGGGAUUCUGAAGGGCUAAAUUCUAAAAGUCGAAGGACUGU